AUGCUUGGUGGUGAUGUUGUUUUAAGCAUUAUUGAAAAUAAAUCUGAUCUUGAAGAAGAUCGUCAAGUAUCCAUGAAAACAGCCAAAGAGUAUGCUCAAUUGGUUAAUACCAAACUGUUGCAUACAUCAGCUAAAUUAAAUGAAGACAGUGAAGAAAUUUUUAAUGAUUUAGUUGCUUGUAAGUUUGUUUUCAAAAGAUAUAAUACUAAGAAAGGUACCAUCAACUUUAAAUAAUUUGAGAAUUCAACUGAGUGGAGUUCAAUUUCGAACUUGACAGGAGUAGCUUUCUUAUGAAACUCAGUAGAUGCAACUCACGUCGGUUUCUUAUUUAAAAAAGUUUACAAUAAAUUCAACGAGUUAGUCGAAGAAAACAUAGAAAAUCCUGGAUGUGGAUGUGGGUGUCGCACACGGAUGUAGCCAUGGUAUAACAGGGUACCCCCUUGAAAAAAAAUGUGUGGAGGAGAGUACAGGGUGCAAAAAUUGUCCACAUAAUCAAGGCUUUUCUCUCUUGGGUAGCAACUCCCUUAAAACUUUCUAGAUAUCUUCCUUUUAGCGCAUCAAUACUGAAAACACACAAAGACAGUCACACCAACAUCCUCAUGGCGUAUGUAUCACGAUAUUCCCAAGUACAACAUUUGUGCAAUCAACAUUUGGAGACAAAACCGUAAACGGGAAAGAACAUAUUUAUUUCCUCAAUAAUUUAUCAAUAUAAGAGAUCUAUUUGGUUGAUGUCAUCAAGUUUAUCUUCGUGGUUUAUGGCUGUCAAUCAUUUAUGUUUGUUAACCUUUGGGGAACAAAUAAGAAUCCUCAUGAGAAUGUUUUGUUUAUUUGAUUUCAUGAGUUUGUUGUAUUAUUUUCAAGAAAUUUCGACGUUCUUCUAAGAAAAACAAGCAGUGACUCAAUGUUGAAAAAAAGAAUGAAACAAAAAGAUUUGAACGUAAUGCUAAUGUGAAUUUAAUACUUUAGUCUGCACGGGAACCGUUAUAUUCAUUUAUUCUUGGCUAUUAAUUGUUAUAACAAAUAAGGGUAUAUCAAGUAAAGAAGCAAAUCAAGAGAAUAAAAACAAAGGCACCUUGGAACAUGAAAGUAUGUUUUGGUAUUAUAGAUGAAAAAAAUAUUUUCUAUCAUUUUUCAAACGGAAUGCAGUCACUCCCUCUAGCAUCCUAGUUUGGAUCGUUCUCGUCGCUUUGAUCCAAUGUAAAAUAAAAAAAAAGGAAGAAUAGAAAUGUGCUUAAAUGUUUAACAAAUAUACCUCUGCGACGGGAACAUCAAAUUCAUUAGCAGUACCACCAAUCUCAACUGAUGGUUCAUUAUCCUUUUCAUUGAUUGACGAAGUUCCUUUGAUGAAGUAGUUUUGAACAUCAUAAUUGUGUGGAUAAAAGUGGUCAACACCAUCACGAACACUACGAUAGCUAAAACAUAUAGAGAUCCUAAUUCAAUUUGAUCGAUUACAUAGCAAAAUUUACCAUGCUUUGUCCCAGUUACGGCUUCUCACGAUUAUUCGUCAAAUCUUGAUCACUUUCACUGUCAUCUAUCAUCGACAAUCAUCUUCGCCCUCGAAGAAAGGGAAUCGAAAGUGACCGAGGAAGGAGAACUGAAGGCGAUCGCGAUCAUCAUACGAUGUGUCUUUUCUCCACUACAUGACCAGCCUCACCGUUAUCCAUGUGUGCAGUCCAUUGAAGUUGUGGAACGUAAUCAAUGCAUAGAAAAUGUUAA